AUGUUUGUGCUUCUGUUGGCGCUGCUGCCUUUCGUCGUUGCUGAUUGCCCUAUUGGAACCACUUAUCAUCCAGAAUUUAACAGAUGUUAUUUGUUCGUUUCCGAGCCUCAACCUUUUGGUUUGGCUGAGGAUGCUUGUGUAGCUAACAAAGGCCAUGUUGUGUCAGUUGCGAAUGGAUUCGAGAACGCAAUGCUUGCUGAGUCGGCUGUUGCACAAAAUAUAAAAUCUCCCUAUUUUGUCGGAAUGAAUAAGCUUCAAGGAAAUUGGAGCAAUUCAGAUGGGUCGUCGUCUACCUACACAAAUUGGAGCCCAGGUCAACCGACUUCUGGUGCCACAUGCGCGGUGGCAAAAGCUCCAGAUGGUAGCUGGACGUCGGUCUCCUGCUCCAAUCCGUCUCCUUUCAUCUGUGCCAUACCUGAGGAUGCCCAUCCGGCUUUCACGUGUCCCACUUGUGCAACUCCCACAUGUCCGGCUCCUCCACGUGAGCCAGGACACUGCGAUUCGGAAUGGACAUACUUUGAAGGAACGGAUUCUUGCUACCGUAGAUUCUUUUGGGCAACAUUUGAUAAUGCUGAGGAAAUCUGCGUAUCAGAAGGUGGACAUCUGGCUUCCAUUCACAGUACGGAAGAAAAUAGUUUUGUCAUAGAGAUUGCCGAAUCUGGUAAUGAUUACGGGAGUUCGGAUGAUUUAACAUGGAUGGGUCUUCAUCAAGCCGACUAUCCCACCAAGACCGACUGGACCUGGACCGAUGGGACACCAUUCGACUACAAGAACUGGGCUCCCAAACAACCUGACAACGAUCAUGGUAAAGAACACUGCGCACAGAUGUAUAGCGAUUACACCGGAAAAGAUCCGACAAAAGACAGCAGCUACCGCCAUUGGAACGACAUUCCAUGUGCAACGAAUAUGAGAGCGUUCGUCUGCAAAAAGCCAGCAUUGCAUUGA